AAUAUAUAAAAUAUUAAGAAAUGUGCAUGAUUAUAACGAAUACACAUUACUCGAUGUAGACUAAUGCGAUCAUUGUAAUAAAAUUAAUAAUAAAAGACUUUUAAAGUCUUAAACGUACAGUACAUAUUUACUAGACCAUUAUGUCUUUUUAUUCACGAAAUUGUUUAAUGCAAAAAAGUUAGAUAUUAAAACCUUAUAAGAAAGUUUAAAAAUCGUUAUCCUAUAAAAUUUUCAUAAGCAAUGUAAAGCAGAAAGAAUUUUAAGCAGGAUUUUUAAUGAAAAUCAGUAGUACAGUACUAGAUAUAAGUGAAAGGUUUUAAAAAUAUUUUCCAAUUCAUAUAGUGCAGGUGCAUCUAUUAAUGAAGUUGUAAUUGUUUCUGCUGCUCGCACUCCAAUUGGAUCAUUUCGAAGUUCUCUUGCUCCUUUAUCUGCUCCUAAACUUGGUUCUAUUGCUAUUCAGGCUGCUAUUGAAAGAGCAGGUAUUCCAAAAGAUGCAGUUCAAGAAGUAUAUAUGGGCCAAGUAUUACAAGGAAGUACAGGACAGGCACCUGCUAGACAAGCUGCUCUAGGAGCAGGUCUUCCAAUAUCUACUCCUUGCACAACAAUUAAUAAAGUUUGUGCUUCAGGAAUGAAAGCUAUCAUGUUGGCAACACAAAAUUUGAUGUUAGGACAUCAGGAAGUUAUGGUAGCAGGGGGAAUGGAAAGUAUGUCCAAUACUCCAUAUUAUUUACCUAGAGGAGAUACUCCAUAUGGAGGUGUAAAUCUUCUUGAUAGUCUUGUAUAUGAUGGCCUGACAGAUGCUUAUAAGAAAAUUCAUAUGGGUAAUUGUGCUGAAAAUACUGCAAAAAAGUUCAAUAUUAAACGAGAAGAACAGGAUGAUUUUGCAAUUAAUAGUUACAAAAAAACAGCAGAAUCGGUUAAGUCAGGUUUGUUUGAAAGGGAAAUAGUUCCUGUUACAAUACCAGGAAAGAAAGGUAAACCAGAUACAGUUGUCAAAGAAGAUGAAGAAUAUAAGAGAGUCAAUUUUGAAAAAGUACGAUCUAUUCCAACUGUUUUCCAGAGAGAAGGAGGAACAAUAACAGCAGCAAAUGCUAGCACAAUUAAUGAUGGUGCAGCUGCAUGUGUUUUGAUGACUUCUAAAGCUGCAGAAAAAUACAAAGUGAAACCUUUAGCAAGAAUUAUAGGUUUUGCUGAUGCAGCUGUAGAACCAAUAGAUUUUCCAAUAGCACCAGCUUAUGCAAUGCCUAAAGUGUUACAGCAAGUAGGAAAGAGGACUGAAGAUAUUUCAAUGUGGGAAAUUAAUGAAGCAUUCAGUGUUGUUGUUUUAGCCAAUAUAAAACAGAUGAAUUUAGAUCCUUCUAAAGUAAAUAUUAAUGGUGGUGCUGUAAGUUUAGGCCAUCCCAUAGGUAUGUCAGGUGCAAGAAUUGUUAACCAUAUGGUUUUUAAUUUGAAACCUGGAGAAUAUGGUAUGGCAGGUAUAUGUAAUGGUGGCGGUGGAGCAUCUGCUAUUCUGAUUCAACGAAUGUCAUGAAAUAUAGCAAAUUUUCAAUAGUGAAUGUAAAAUAAUUUGUAAAUGUUAUAUAUUUUUUAAAGAAAAAAGAAUGCUAUUUCUAUCAAUUAAAACAUGUUUAUUUCUAUAUUUGUGACAAAAUUUGACACAGAUGACCUGAUGAGGUAGGAAAAUUUAAUAUUUAUAUAUAAAUAAAAAUAAUUCUGAAAUGUUUUUUUAAUUUAUAUCAUAUUUCAUAUGCAAGUUGUAGACUGAUAGUAUGAGUUAAUAUUCUGUUGGUUUGAUUGUAUAUUGUGACUAGAAUUUUUUGUCAAAUCAAUCAUAUUACUGUUUGAAUAUAUAUCUUGUUCUUUCUUAUUAGAAUUGAUUAAGUCUCCAUCACUGAAAUAUUCCAAUUUUAAUUUUUCUAAAUUUCUUGAAGGGACAUUUAAAUUUAUAUAUGACUGAAAUUUAUUGUCUAUUUCACAAUUUAAAUUGACUUUUUCUAACAAAUUAUCUUCAGAUGCUGCUAAACACUUUGAUUUAUCAAUUCCAUUUAAUUCACUCAACAUUUCUUCAGAUUUUGAACGUUGAUAGGAAGGAACCAAAAGAAUUGGAUG